AUGGCCCCCCUCCGUACCCUCAGCGCCAAAGCGGCAGCCGCCCUCGACGAAGAAUUAAUGUCCACCGGCGCCUUCAGCCUCGACCAACUAAUGGAACUCGCCGGCCUCUCCGUCUCCCAAGCCCUCUACACUCUCUCACCACCCACCAAAUCCCCCCGCAUCCUCAUCGCCUGCGGCCCCGGCAACAACGGCGGCGACGGCCUCGUCGCCGCCCGCCACCUCCACCACUUCGGCUACAAACCAACAAUGUACUACCCCAAAGUCGGCAAGAACGAACUCUACUCCCGUCUCCGCAAGCAACUCGAACAACUCCGCGUCCCCUUCACCGACGACUUCCAAUCAGCACUGAGCAGUAGCGACUUUGUCAUCGAUGCGGUUUUCGGAUUCUCCUUCAGCGGGGAAGUGAGGGAACCGUUUCCCGCGGUGAUUCGAGCGUUGGCGGAGAGUAAAGUCCCGGUUUUGGCGGUCGAUGCGCCGAGUUCGUGGGACAUUGAGACUGGACCGCAGGAGGAGGGGCCGGGAAAGGGGUAUAUGCCUACUGCGUUGAUUUCUUUGACGGCGCCGAAACCUUUGGUCAAGUGGUUUACGGGAAGGCAUUUUGUGGGGGGAAGGUUUGUGGGGAAGGAGGUGGCGGAGAGGUUUGGGUUUGAUGUGCCGGAGUAUAGGGGCGGGGAGCAGGUUGUUGAGGUUGAGGGUGGUGGUGAGAAGUUGUAG